AUGUUGGACGAUCGCGCCUGGCUUAUCGUACUUGUCUCCGUCAAUUGCCUGACACUCGCGAUCAUUAUCUGGCGGUUUCGCGGCUCUGGGCUGUGGGGCGUCUUCCCGCGAUUGAGCUCAGUUUAUGUUCAUUUCAAUGCCACGGCGAAGUGGCUGCUCUUCAUGUCACCACCGCAUCCGUUACAUCGUCAGCUGAAGGAUAUGGCGGACAAACGACUCUCUGAGCAAGUGGUCUGGGGGUGCCCUAGGAUACUCUGUUUUGCCUUCUGCUAUAACAUGGUUCAACUGGUCCAGAAUGAUAUGUCCUCAGCGGCGCGCCUCGGCAACAUGGCUCUGACUAUGUUCCUUAUGGCAGGUACUCUCAAGCCCCAUUUGGUCACCCCUACUGUCGUGUUCUUGUUCCACGUGCUCCUGUAUACGGUCGUCUGGUACCUUGCGGUCACUGCCGAAGACAAGAUCGCUUUCUUGAAAGCCAGCCCAGUGAGAAUCUGCGAACGCAUCGCAGUGAGCAUUGUUCAUUGCAGAUCUAGGCUGACUCUCGUUUUGGGUCUUGUGUACGUCGCAGCUGUUUCGCCGGUGUACGAGCCCGCCGACACGCGUCAGGAGUUGAUCGUUUCGCUCCUCAUGUUCGCCGUAACAGCAUCCGUCAGAAAGUCCCGCGACGCUGAGUUUUUGGCAAUGUUGGAGGCGAAAACGUCGCGAAAUGUUGAGUCCAUAGCGGGCGGGCUCUUGUCAAGUGUGUGCGACGCGGUGGUGCAUUUGUCGCAAGAUCUUCUGUUCUCAAAGCCAGCCGCACACCUUGCCACACUGCUUUUCAGAUUCCCCACAACUGUGGGUGUCGGUGUCUCAUUUGUUGAUUUAGCCUUCGACGCUUCCGAGAAGGACCGUCUGGAUACAUUCUUGAAUCGGCCAAUGUAUGAUGCUAGCACCGUUCACGUGUCUUUCAAAGAUUCAUGGGGUAUGCCGGUAAACUUUCAGGGGCCGGCGGAUUCCAUGCCCAGGGCAUUGACAUAG